AACCUCAGCUUCAGUAUAAAAAGGGAAGCCAGGACUCUGUUCAUGAACUCAUCAUGAUGAAGCUGACUCUAUGUGCCACUCUCGUCUGGAUGAUCUUCAGCUCUGCUGAAGCUCUUCAGUGUCUGAACUACGAUCUAAUACAGGACACUAUAUCAUCACCAUGCGACUCUUCUGCUGAGCUGUGUGCAACAGCUGGCGUUAACCUGUUACCUGGGGAUGACAGAUAUAAUGGAACCAUGAGGAUGUGUGUUCCACCAUCAGUCUGCGCUGCACAGGAUGAGAUAUUCUCAGUCAGUUAUAAAGAAUUGAUACUGGCUGCAUCUAUUCGUUGCUGCAACACAGACAACUGCAACAGUGGUAUUUUAACCUAUCCUGAGCUUAAACCAAACGGCCUGGAGUGUUCCACCUGCACUGAUCAAACUGUCUGCAACACGACAGUGGAGUGUUUAGGCACUCAGGACAGCUGCUUCAGUGGAACAGUGAAGAGGUUUCGCCGGAUCAUCCAGAUCCACGGCUGUGCAUCUUCAAACCUGUGUGGAGAUCAUCCUGACUGGGAAGGCCAUUUUUUCUUUGAUCAUUUUUAUCUUGGUACCGGUGCAUCUAACUGUUGGAACGCCACCCUGCGUGAUUCAGCUCUGACCACCUGACUGAGUUUGUCUCUGUUUUAAAAGCUAGCUCUUUUCACUAGCUAACUUGUUUUCAUACUUUCAGUUAACUUCAUGUUCCAUUCUUUUUUCUUUUGUUUCAGAUCCUGAUCUUGAACCAAAUGUUGUUUACUCUACAAAUAAACUGUUUUAC